AUGAUUGCCGUUAUCUAUUUCUUCAACGUCUAUGCGGCGAACUGGAUACCAAGGAUUCAAAAUCUACUACUAGCUUUGCAUCUGCUAUGUUGGGUGAUCAUCGUCGUCGUGCUAUUUGCCAUGGCUCCUCACAACCCUGCGAAGAAAGUCUUCACUGAAUUCCAUAACGGUGGCAGUUGGCCUUCCAUGGGUAUCAGCUUGAUGAUUGGCCAAAUUACAGCAAUUUACGGAUCUCUGAGCUCCGACGCUACCGCACAUAUGUCAGAGGAGGUCAAGGACGCGGGUCGAUACGUACCCAUAGCGAUAGCAUGGGGCUAUAUUGGUAAUGGGAUUCUAGCCUUGAUUGUCAUUGUUGGCUUCCUUUUGGCUUUACCAUCGGUCCCCGAUGCCCUUAAUGACAGCACCGGAUUCCCGUUUUUAUACGUCUUUCGACAGAUCUUCUCGACAUCUGGCGUCAACGGUCUCGCGGCAAUUAUCCUUGUUCCAGUCAUCUUCAGCAAUAUCCUCUUCAAUGCCUCAACUGCCCGUCAAACAUAUGCCUUUGCACGCGAUCGUGGUCUGCCUUUUGCAAAUUGGAUAUCUCAGGUUGACACACGGCGCCGAAUUCCUGUGCGCGCCAUUGCACUCUCCUGCUUAAUCAGUGGACUAUUGUCCCUCAUUAACAUUGGCUCGCAAGUUGCAUUCAACGCUAUCAUCUCUCUCAAUGUGGCAGCACUGAUGUACACAUACGCAGUAUCGAUUAGUUGCGUAAUUUAUCGCAAGGUCACCUGUCCCGAAACGUUACCUCCCCGGCGUUGGAGUCUUGGUCGCUUUGGUCUAGCCAUCAACAUCACUGGCUUGCUUUAUGUCAUCUUUGCCCUGUUCUGGUCUUUCUGGCCACCUAGCCCUUCACCCACGGCGCGAGACUUCAAUUGGAGUGUCGUGAUAUUCGUUGCCACUUUUAUCAUCAGCCUUCUGAUGUACAUGUUUCAGGGUAGACGCCAUUAUGUUGGACCUGUUGUAACAGUCCAACGAGUUGAUUGA